CGGGAACCCCGGCCAGGUGGACAGACCCAGAGCCCACACGGAGCAGUAGAGGAUGAAGCCCACCCCUGCAGGCUCCUCGGAGGCCUGCAAAGCUGCAGGCCUGGGCGAGAAGAGCUGCCCUGUCUGCCAGGCCUGGGGAGGGGUCUCAGGUCUGGGGUCUGGCUUAGGGUCUGGGCCAGGGCCCAGAGUGGGGCCUGGUGUGGUGCCGGAAGCUGCGCCGGGGUCUGUUGCAGUUUCAGGACCUAGGUCAGGGUCUGUUGAGGUUCUGGGACCUGGGCUGGGUCCCAGUGCUGUUUCGGGGCCUGGUGCGGUUCCAGGACCUGGGCCAGGGCCUGGUGCGGUUCCGGUACCUGGGCCAGGGCCUGGUGAGGUUACGGGACCUGGGCCGAAGCCCAGUGCUGUUUUGGGGCCUGGUGCAGUUCCAGGACCUGGGCCACGGCCUGGUGAGGUUCUGGGACCUAGGCCAAAGCCCAGUGCUGUUUCGGGGCCUGGUGUGGUUUCAGGACCUGGGCCAGGGCCCAGUGCUGUUUCAGGGCCUAGUGUAGUUCCGGGACCUGGGCCAGGGCCUGGUGUGGUUCCAGGACCCGGGCCAGGUCUGGGGCCUGGACCAGGAGCUGGGUCAGUACCUGGGCCAGGAGCUGUGCCAUUACCUGGGCCGGCACCAGGGCCAGGGACUGGACCUAAAACCAAUGCACCAUCUACAGCCCCAGCCCCAGCCCCCCAGCCGAAGACUCAGGCCAAAUCCGCCCAGGCCACUAGGCAGAAGGUUCUGGUGACUGGAGGAGGAGGGUACCUGGGCUUUAACCUGGGUUCUAGCCUGGCCAAGAGCGGCAUCUCCGUCAUCCUGCUGGACCUCCGCAGACCCCAGUGGGAGCUGUCUCCGGGGACUGAGUUCAUCCAGGCUGAUGUCCGAGAUGGAGAAGCCCUCUACCGUGCUUUCGAAGGGGUGGACUGUGUCUUCCACAUGGCCUCCUAUGGAAUGUCUGGUGCUGAAAAGCUACAAAAAGAGCAGAUUGAGUCUAUAAAUGUUGGCGGCACGAGACUAGUGAUCGAUGUCUGCGUCCGCCGGCGGGUUCCGAGGCUUGUCUACACCAGCACUGUCAAUGUCACCUUUGGCGGUCAGCCCAUCGAGCAGGGUGACGAGGACUCCGUGCCAUAUUUCCCACUGGAGAAGCACAUAGACCACUACUCCCGAACGAAAGCCAUUGCUGAUCAGCUGACCCUCACAGCCAAUGGAACACCUCUCCCAGGAGGAGGCACUCUGCGGACAUGUGUGCUACGGCCCCCUGGGAUCUACGGCCCCGAGGAGCAGAGGCACCUGCCUCGUGUGGCGAGCCACAUCCAAAAGAGGCUGUUCAUGUUCCGAUUCGGAGACCGCAGGAUGAGGAUGAACUGGGUCCACGUGCGAAACCUGGUGCAGGCCCAUGUCCUGGCGGCCGAGGCCCUCACGGCUGCCCAGGGCUACGUGGCGAGCGGGCAGGCGUACUACAUCAACGACGGGGAGAGUGUCAACCUCUUCGAGUGGAUGGCCCCACUGUUUGAGAAGCUGGGCUACAGUCAGCCCUGGAUUCAGGUGCCUACUUCCUGGGUUUACCUGACAGCCAUGGUGAUGGAGUAUCUGCACCUAACACUGAGGCCUGUCUGCAGCGUCCCUCUUCUGCUCACCCGGAGUGAGGUGCGCAGCGUGGCCGUGACGCACACCUUCCAGAUCGCCAAGGCCCGCGCUCAGCUCGGCUACGCGCCUGACAAAUUCAGCUUCGCCGACAUCGUGGAGCAUUACGUGCAGUCCAUGCCCAGGCGGCCCCGCGGCUCCACGGCGCGGGCCCUCGUGCGGCUGCUGCUCGGCCUGCUGCUGCUCUUGGGCCUGCUCGCCCUGGCCCUGCACCUCCUGAGCCCGCAGCCCCCGGGGGCCGCCGAGGAGCGCCGCUGAGGGACGGCAACCCGCGAGUCUCGGCGGGUGCCGGUCCUCCUGGAGCGCACCCACCCCCGGCU